CCAACACGACGACAAGACUCGCUUGUGAGCUAUCACUGGACUGACGUAAUAUCGGCAGGCCCCACUACGCGAACCGAAGAACGGAUCGAGGUUUCAAAGUCCUUAACAAGGAGCAACGGCGCGCCAGUACGCUCCGGUCGUUACUGAAGUUCUAGACAGCGAGGAUGAAGACGUUGCUCUUGACCAUUUUCUCGGUGCUGUGCAUCCAAGCAGUGCUCGGUGUCGAUCCUUACGAGCACAGCAAAGUGGUAUGCUAUUGGAAUAGUACCGCCUAUGACAGACAAGGUCCAGCAAAGUUCCAACUGGAAGACGUCAAACCCGCUUUGUCCCUAUGCACACACCUAAUCUACGGAUAUGCUCACAUUAAUUCCGACUUCGAGAUCGUACCUGGUUCCGUAAACUUAGACACCGGCUCGGGCUACUCCUAUUAUCGAUUGGCCACGCAACUAAAGCGCACGUACCCCGAUAUAAAAAUCUACCUGAGCGUCGGAGGGAAUUCUGACCCUUACGAUGAGGAGCACAAAUAUCUCGUGUUGACCGAGACUUCGGAGAGCAGAACGAAAUUCAUCAAUUCUGUGAAUCGUUUGCUGAAUGACUACGACUUCGACGGGAUCGACUUGGCAUGGCAAUUCCCACCUGUCAGGCCCAAGAAGCAACGUAGCACUCUUGGUUCUUUCUGGCACGGUCUCAAGAAGAAGUUGGGCUAUGGGAAAUUCAAGGACGACAAGGAGCAAGAGCAUCGCGACGGUUUCACUAUUCUGGUUCGUGACCUCAAGACGCAACUCAGGCCGCGACUUAAAUCUUUGACUGUCACGGUGUUGCCUCACGUGAACGCUAGUGUGUAUUAUGAUGCGAGACUGUUGGCCCCCAACAUCGAUGCCGUGCAUCUCUUCACUUUCGACCAGAAAACACCGGAAUAUAAUGCGAAGGAAGCAGACUUCCCAGCGCCGAUUUAUAGCAGUUACGGACGCGUACCAGAAGAUAAUAUCGAUGUUUCCACGAGGUAUUGGUUGGAGAACGGUACUCCCGGUAGCAGGAUUGUCGUUGGCAUUCCGACAUAUGCUCGCACGUGGAAGUUGACGUCCGAAAGCCAGAUUUCCGGCGUGCCGCCCAUCGUGACUGACGGUGCGGGCGCUCCAGGACCUCACACCAAUGAACCAGGAGUGCUAUCCUACGCCGAGAUGUGUGCCAAAUUGACUGAACACGCUGCAGGUCGACUACGACGCGUUAGUGACCCGUCCAAGAAGUACGGUAGCUACGCUUAUCAAGCAUACAAUAGCGACACUGGCGAGGAAGGAAUCUGGGCAGGAUACGAGGACCCGGACACUGCCGGCAACAAAGCCGCGUUCGUCAAGUCGAAGGGACUCGGCGGUGUGGCGAUCGUGGACCUGUCUUUGGACGAUUUUAGAGGUGUUUGCACCGGCGACAAGUAUCCAAUUAUCCGGGGAGCCAAGUACAAGCUGUAAAGAGGCGAAUCUGCGAGAGUUGAUCGUGCUCGGAGUCACUGAAGAACGCUUGAGGAGAUUUCGUGGGCCUCGCGAGUCACAUUUUAUAUCAGAGAUGAAUUCUUAUUUUUUCGAACAGGGAUUGUAUUUACACGCAUUGUUGUCACGUUAGUUCGAGCAAAUUAUCGGGCUUAUUUUUCUGAGAUUGAGAGAGAACUUUUAAUGAGAGAACUUUUUGCGAGAUUAUAACGUCGACAGAGUUCGUAGUUGCUACUCGUUACUUGUGACCGUAAUCAAAAAUAUAAUGCUGCUUUCCCAUUA